GAUUCAUAGGGAGAGGGAAGGUAUACAUCUAUCUUCGUAUAUCUCGAGAGUUAGGGUAUAGCGAUUUACUGAUAACCGAGGUUACCUGUGUGGUUCACAAAAGUUAACUUAACAGAGAGGGAGCGAAAUGGGCGUAGAAAACCCUGAAAAGGCGACACGACCAAUAAGCGUGGAUGAGAUAUCCCGUCACACAUCAUCUGAAGAUCUUUGGCUCGUCGUCGACGGCAUAGUUUACGACCUCACCCAAUUCCUACCGGAACACCCCGGAGGCCCCACCAUACUUCUACAAUACGCUGGGCGCGACGCAACAGCCGCCUACUCGGAAGUCCACUCGCCGUCCCUAAUCCAAACCUCACUUCCAGCAUCAAGUCGUAUCGGAGUCUUAGACAAAACCACCAUUACCGAAGAAUGGGCCAAACCACCACCACAAGCUCGCGGUUCACCUCGUAAGACAGUCGAAAAACCGCCUCUAGAUACUCUCAUCAACGCGCGCGACUUCGAAAUCGCAGCUAAAGCUAGUUUUACUCCGAAGGCGUGGGCGUUCGUAUCAUCCGCUGCGACGGAUUGCCUAACCAAGGAGCGAAACGGGUCUACGUAUAACGACAUCAUACUGCGACCACGGGUUUUGAAAGAUGUCAGGAAUGUCGAUGUGGGCACGGCGAUACUAGGGCACCAUAUAAAAGCGCCGAUAUUCUGUGCGCCGACGUCAAUGGGGAGGAUUUUCCACCCCGAGGGUGAGCGGGAGUUAGGUCGUGGAUGUCAACGCUUAGGCAUUCCGCAAUGUGUGUCAACUAGUUGUUCUUACUCCUUGCCGGAGGUCAUGGAUGCUGUUGAAGGCGAAGCACGGGAGACGAAUAGCGAGUUGGGUGCGGUUCCUGUGUUCUUUCAACUAUAUGUGGAUAGGAAUCGGGGUAAAUCAGAGAAACUUCUCCAGAUGGUGAGGGAACGCGGGGUCAAGGCCAUAUUCGUAACCAUUGACGCGCCGGUGAUUGGGAAAAGAGAGGCGGACGAGCGAGUCAAAUCGGAUGAAAACUUGCGGGCUCCUAUGUCUGGUGCGCAGGCGAAGAAUGAUAAAAAGGGUGGGGCACUAGGGAGGCUGAUGGGUAAUUUCAUCGAUGCGUCGCUGACAUGGGACGAUGUUGCCUGGGUACGGAAGCAUGCUCCAGGUUUACCAAUCGUGUUGAAAGGUAUCCAGACAGCGGCAGAUGCCGUAAAAGCGAUGGAAAUUGAUGUCAAUGCAAUAUAUCUCACGAACCAUGGAGGAAGAAGUUUGGAUACAUCACCAGCGACGGUAUUAGUGCUAUUGGAGCUGCAGAAGUGCUGUCCACAGAUCUUUGACAAGAUGGAGGUAUAUAUAGACGGGGGAAUCACGAGAGGCACGGAUAUCUUCAAGGCACUAUGCCUAGGAGCUAGGGCAGUGGGCAUUGGUCGAGGGUUUCUGUUUUCUUUGAAUUAUGGGAAGGAGGGCAUUGAACAUUUCAUCAACAUUCUUGUUGACGAGUUGGUGACUACCAUGCAGAUGUGCGGUAUCACUAGUCUUGAUCAAGUCCAUCCGGGACUACUACAUACAGGCGCCGUCGACCAUCUGGUUCCUGGAUCAGAAGAACAUCCAUACGCCAAGUGGAGGCCGAAGUCCAGGAGUAGUAGAUUAUGAAAAGGGGGUUUAAGAGGUUUUACGUGUAAAUAAUAGGUUUUUACCUAGUAUCUUCGGAUAAAGCAUCAAUCGAUCGCGCAUGCUCGAUUUACAGCACACUGGCAAAAUCAUCGUUAUAUUAGUUCAACGCCAUCCAAAAGAAACCAUCUAGGCGGCGCUCCUUAUUUGAUUGCGGGAUUCAACAAGCGUUCCGUCCCUUAUCUCAACUGUUACAUUGGCGGCUCGAAUUCCAGAUCCCCUCGCUGCUUCAGCAUUAGUAACGAGGAA